AUGGCCGCUCCGACCGUCAUUUUCCGUGUUCGUCAAAUAGCAGAGAGGUCAGGUCGUCGGUCCGAUCAAGUCCGCAUUAUGGCCGUCUCAAAACCUAAACCAGUCUCUCAUAUCAGGCAAGUUCACAACGUCGGUCACCGUUGUUUUGGCGAAAGCUACAUUCAGGAGAUGAAUGAAAGAGCACCACAACUUCCAAAAGACCUUGAAUGGUAUUUUAUGGAGCAUUUGCGAAGCAAUCAGAUGAAACAACCCUUAGCUACAGUCCUCAAUCUGGCCAUGGUUGAAGGUGUAAAUAAUGAGAAGAAAGAACUUGAAGGUUCUGGUUCAAAAAGAUCCUCUGAGGCCGAGACUCUCGCUGUCGGCGGCAUCGAGACUUUCCUCUUUGAACGCAGCCCCGCCUCCUCCAAACCCUGCGGCGGCGCCAUCCCCCUCUGCAUGCUCGAAGAGUUCUCCAUUCCGCCGGAGCUAGUAGACCGGAGAGCACCCGCAGUCGCAGCCUCAGGCGCAGGCGCAGGUGCAACAUCCUGUGACGAUGCCGGUGCCACCCCAGACGACUCAUCCUUCAUUGAGGGUUGUGAAACCAGAAUCCCUAAGAUCACGACCAAGGCCCAAUAUUGA